AUGCUCUCGCGUCCCCUCCUCUCGCUCCCUCGCGCGCUCUCGCUCGCGCGUGGCGCCACUCGCCACAGCAGCACGACGAUCCAGUCCAUCCACGCGCGGGAGAUCAUUGACAGUCGCGGCAACCCCACGGUCGAAGUCGACUUGACGCUCUCGGAUCGGCCCGAGGUCUUCCGGGCGUCCGUGCCCUCUGGCGCCUCCACGGGCAUCCACGAAGCGGUCGAACUCCGGGACGGCGGCAAACGGUACGCCGGCAAAGGCGUGCAACAAGCAGUGCACAAUGUCAAGCACGUGCUGGCGCCGGCUCUGCAGGGGUCGGACCCGACGCAGCAGCGGGAGUUGGACGACCGCAUGCGGCACGUGGACGGGACCGAGAACAAGAGCAAACUCGGGGCCAAUGCCAUGCUGGGCGUCUCGCUCGCCGUGGCAAAAGCAGGCGCAGCGGUCAACCAGGUGCCGCUGUACCAGCACUUUGCCGACCUGAUUGGCAACGCGAACUUGGUGCUGCCCGUGCCGAGCUUCAACGUCAUUAACGGCGGGUCGCACGCCGGGAACAAACUCGCGUUCCAGGAGUUCAUGUUGCUGCCGACAGGGGCCGAGAGCUUCUCGGAAGCAAUGGCCAUGGGCUGUGAAGUGUACCACCACUUGAAGACUGUGAUCAAGCAAAAGUACGGCCAAGACGCGACCAAUGUCGGGGACGAAGGGGGCUUUGCGCCGAACAUCCAGAGCAAUCGCGAAGGCGUUGAGCUCUUGAUGACGGCGAUCAACCGUGCGGGGUACGACGGCAAGAUUGGGAUUGGCAUGGACGUGGCGUCGUCCGAGUUCCUGACGAAAGACGGACGGUACGACCUCGACUUUAAGUCGGACAACUCGACGGAGCUGCUCACGGGGGAAGAGCUGGGGCAGCUGUACAAGGACCUGGCAAGCGAGUUCCCGAUCGUGAGCAUCGAAGACCCGUUUGACCAGGACGACUGGGCCCACUACUCGGCGUUUACCAAUGCAAUUGGCAACGACGUGCAGGUCGUAGGCGACGACCUGUUGUGCACGAACCCAAAGCGCAUUGCCACGGCGCUGGACAAGAAAGCGUGCAACGCGCUACUGCUCAAGGUGAACCAGAUUGGCAGCGUGACGGAGAGUGUGGAUGCUGUAGCCCUUGCCCAGAAGAAUGGAUGGGGCGUCAUGACGUCGCACCGCAGCGGCGAGACGGAAGACUCGUACAUUGCCGACUUGGCAGUCGGACUAGCGACGGGGCAGAUCAAGACGGGGGCCCCGUGCCGCUCGGAACGGCUGGCCAAGUACAACCAGUUGCUGCGAAUUGAAGAAGCUCUCGGCAGCGAGGCCAAGUACGCUGGCCACCACUUUCGGAACCCGUCCAAGAUGUAA